AUGGCUCCUAUGACAGAAGAGUCCAUUAAAAGAAAAGCGAAGGCAGGGGAAGCCAUGAAAAGCUCAAAAAGGGAAGUCAACAAGGGAGCAUGGACAGCAGAGGAAGAUCACAAACUAGCAGAGGUUAUUGAAGUACAUGGUGCAAAAAGAUGGAAGACAAUUGCCUCCAAAGCAGGCCUCAAUCGGUGCGGCAAGAGUUGCAGGCUAAGAUGGUUGAACUAUCUAAGACCCAACAUCAAGAGAGGAAAUAUAUCUGACCAAGAAGAGGACUUGAUCCUUAGGCUACACAAACUUCUCGGAAACAGGUGGUCUUUGAUUGCUGGAAGAUUGCCGGGUCGAACAGAUAAUGAAAUAAAAAACUACUGGAACUCUCAUUUGAGCAAGAGAAUAAUCCAGAAGGAGAAGCAAAUUGGAGCCAACCCAACAAGACAAAUGGUCUCCACAGACCACAAACUAAGCCUAGCAGAACAUCACCAGAAGGUCCACAUAGAAAUGAAAGAAGACUCGUCAUCAGAAGAAGGUGCUAGCUUUGCAUCCAAAGACUCGAACAAAAACAUGAACAAUAUUGAUGUUGAUGACUUCUUUGAUUUCUCCAACGAGGGACCUUUGAAUUUGGAGUGGGUGAGUAAAUUCCUGGACUUCGAUGAUGACAGAUGGCUUAUUAACUGA